GUCACUGUUGCUUGAGCAGGCUGCGGGACGGACGUACCCGGUGCCCCGGGGAGGGGCGCCGCCGGGGGAGGAGAAGGAGGGAAAAACGCCCUCUCUGCCCAGACCUCUGGAGGCUCUUACCUCAGGGGCUAGGGGACAGAGAAGCCAAGCUCCUGCAGCAGCUGAGCUGCCUGAAGAGGCCACGACCCUGGAGGGCUCUGAGGCCACCACACCAAGUCCGCUGUCACCAUCCCAGGGGCCCAAAGCGACAGUCUCUGGGACCACUGCAAGGUUUCCAGUUGCCUAGACAACGAGCCCCGGCUCAGAGCAACAGCUCUUCUAGCACCUGCCUCCGCUGCUGCUGCUGCUGCUGCUGCUGCUGCUGCCGCCGCCGCCGCCUUGGACACCAGGUGACAUGCCGGUGCUCUCCACCCCAAGGUCCUCGCGGGUGACCACACUGAGGCGCACAGCGGUGGUCUUGGCGCUCACUGCCUAUGGAGCCCACAAACUCUACCCUCUGGUGCGCCAGUGUCUGGCCCCAGCCAGGGGUCCUCAGGGCCCGGCCGGGGAGUCCCCACAGGAGACCCUGGGGCCCACUACAGCCAAGGCUGGCAUGAACCGGGUGUUCCUGCGGCGGCUUCUGGUGCUUCUGCGGCUGCUGUUCCCCAGGGUCCUGUGCCGGGAGACCGGGCUGCUGGCAUUGCACUCGGCUGCGCUGGUGAGCCGGACCUUCCUCUCCGUGUACGUGGCCCGCCUGGACGGCCGGCUGGCUCGCUGCAUCGUGCGCAAGGACCCUCGCGCCUUCGGCUGGCAGCUCCUGCAGUGGCUGCUCAUUGCGCUGCCUGCCACCUUCAUCAACAGCGCCAUCCGCUACCUGGAGGGUCAGCUAGCCCUGUCCUUUCGCAGUCGUCUCGUGGCCCAUGCCUACAGCCUCUACUUCUCGCAGCAGACCUACUACCGCGUGAGCAACAUGGACGGGCGGCUCCGUAACCCCGACCAGUCUUUGACGGAGGACCUAGUGGCCUUCGCCGCCUCUGUGGCCCACCUCUACUCCAACCUGACCAAGCCACUGCUGGACGUGGCCGUGACCUCCUACACUCUCAUCCGGGCAGCGCGCUCCCGUGGGGCCGGCACAGCAUGGCCCUCAGCCAUCGCAGGCCUCGUGGUGUUCCUCACGGCCAACGUGCUGCGGGCCUUCUCGCCCAAGUUUGGGGAGCUGGUGGCCGAGGAGGCACGACGGAAAGGGGAGCUGCGCUACAUGCACUCUCGCGUGGUGGCCAACUCGGAGGAGAUCGCCUUCUAUGGGGGCCACGAGGUGGAGCUGGCGCUGCUGCGGGACUGCUACCGCGCCCUGGCGGCACAGAUCAACGCGAUCCUGCUGGAGCGCCUGUGGUACGUCAUGCUCGAGCAGUUCCUCAUGAAGUACGUGUGGAGUGCCUCAGGCCUGCUCAUGGUGGCUGUCCCCAUCAUCACUGCCACUGGCUACUCAGAGUCAGACUCGGAGGCCACGAAGAGGGCCGCCCUGGCGAUGAGGGAGGAGGAGCUGGUGAGCGAGCGCACGGAGGCCUUCACCAUUGCACGCAACCUGCUCACAGCUGCAGCAGAUGCCACCGAGCGCAUCAUGUCGUCCUACAAGGAGGUGACGGAGCUGGCCGGCUACACGGCACGCGUGCAUGAGAUGUUCCAAGUGUUUGAAGAUGUCCAGCACUGUCGCUUCAAGCGGCCUGGGGAGCCGGAGGACACGCAGGCGGGGACAGGGGCCAUAGUGCGCUCCGGUGUCCGCGUGGAAGGGCCCCUGCGCAUCCAGGGCCAGGUGGUGGACGUAGAGCAGGGCAUCAUCUGCGAGAACAUCCCCAUCAUCACACCUGCAGGAGAGGUGGUGGUGUCCAGCCUCAACAUCCGGGUGGAAGAGGGCAUGCACCUGCUCAUCACGGGCCCCAACGGCUGCGGCAAGAGCUCCCUCUUCCGGAUCCUGGGCGGGCUGUGGCCCACGUACGGCGGAGUCCUCUACAAGCCCCCGCCGCAGCGCAUGUUCUACAUCCCACAGAGGCCGUACAUGUCUGUGGGCUCACUGCGUGAUCAGGUCAUCUACCCAGACUCGGUGGAGGACAUGCGCCGUAAGGGCUUCUCGGAGCGGCAGCUGGAAGCCAUCCUGGACAUCGUGCACCUGAACCACAUCCUGCAGCGGGAGGGAGGUUGGGAGGCCCUGUGUGACUGGAAGGACGUGCUGUCUGGUGGUGAGAAGCAGAGGAUCGGCAUGGCUCGGAUGUUCUACCACAGGCCCCAGUAUGCCCUACUGGACGAGUGCACCAGCGCUAUAAGCAUCGACGUGGAGGGCAAGAUCUUCCAGGCGGCCAAGGACGCAGGCAUUGCGCUGCUCUCCAUCACCCACCGGCCCUCCCUGUGGAAGUACCACACGCACCUGCUGCAGUUUGAUGGUGAGGGAGGCUGGAAGUUCGAGAGGCUGGACUCUGUGGCACGCCUGAGCCUGACGGAGGAGCGGCAGCGCCUGGAGCAGCAGCUGGCUGGCGUCCCUGAGAUGCAGCAGCGCCUGCAGGAGCUGCGCCACAUCCUUGGCGAGGCCCCCGGGCCUGGGGUCUCCACUUGAGGGCCCCAGGCACCUGGCCAGCCCCACCCCCAGCUCAGAUCACAUGAAGGAAACCAAGGUCCCAGCCCACCCUCACCGCCACCGACCUCAGCCGCCCUCCCUGGGCUCUGUGCCACUGUGACUGCGUGCACUGCCUCCUCCUUGCUUGGCUCCAGAGAGGAGCAUAGCACUUGGGGCUAAACUGGGGCUGGAGCAGGACCCCCAGAUCCCAGUACACUGCCACCAGCUAGAGGCCACCUGCCCCCUAAGACUCAGCUCACCACUUCCUUAUUGCUGUUGCCACCCCUGGCCCGUGGAGUACACUUCCUGCCAUAGAAGCAGUCGAACAGGGCCCAGAGUUAGAGUCCUGUGCCAGUGGCAGCCCUGGGCGUCACUCCUCCUCGACCUAAUGUAUUGGCUUCCCUGUGUGUGGCCUGCUCCUUUGCCAGCAGGGGAGGUGACCAGACCCAGGAGCUCCCAGCAGCCACCAGUACCGCCCAACCCACACCAGCCUACACUGCCAGCUGCCACUGGGGGGCGCACACCGCCCAUCUACUGGGAGCCAGGGCUCCGUGGGCCCAGCUCUGUGCCAAAGAGGGGUCCUGGGGAGUGCUGUGUCGCCAGAGGGAGACCCCACCGCCGCGUGUGCCUUUCCCAGACCCUUGGCCCCCAGGUGGGGCACCCUGAGUCCCUUCAGUAAAGCUGCUGUGGAAAAUGCAUUCCCGCUUCCCAACAUCAGGUGUGGGGAGUACUUGGGAAAGGAGCCGGAGGACAAGCCGCAGUCGCACCCCAAUCUCCCCAGGAUGCGCAGCCUAGCUCCACCUCUGGCUGAGUCAGAGUCUGGUCCAUAGAGCCAGUGUCAGGGCAGUGCGGAAGGGGUGCCAACAGUGACCUUC